AUGUCAUUUAUUGAUAAUAUAUUCAAAUUCACCGAUAAGUUAUUAGGAAAUACACCACAACAAGUUAUUAGAAUAUCAAGAGAAGAUUAUCUUUGGUCAAUAUCAUCCAAUUUCGUUCAUUAUUUAUAUUUAAAACAUUGGAAAUACGUGUCAAAUAAUCAAAAACAAACAUUAUUAAUAACUUCUUCAUUAAGUCUUGUCUCUUUAUACAUCUUAGCUCCAACAUUCAUUCAACUUUUCCAAUCACAAGAAACUAUAGAUAAAAUGUUUAGUUCCAAAAGACAAGAUAAAUUCACCACCGGAUUAAUCAACACAAGAAAUGAUUGUUUUGCCAAUAGUUCAAUCCAAGCAUUUGCUGCCUUACCAGGUCUUGAUGUUUAUUUGAAUGACAUCCUUAAGCAAUAUAAAUUAUUAACAAAAUUACCAAUCAACUCUAAAGGUUUGGAAUUACCUCAAUUACCAUUACAUGAAGCUUUAGCUAAAAUUGUUUAUGAAUUACAAGAAACUAUAUUACAAGAACAUUAUGUUUCAGUUUGGCCUUUUUUACAAGUUAUUGAAAAAAUAUUCAAUUCAAAAAUUUCAACAAAUCAAAAUGAUGCACAUGAAUUAGUUCAAUUAAUUUUAGAAACUUUAGAUAAUGAAAAUACAAAAUUUAAAAGAUUUGUUAAAAAUAAUAAUUUGAAUUUUGUCAUACCCGAACUUCCUUUUAAUGGUCUUUUGGCUGAUCAAUUAACUUGUCUAUCAUGUUUAAAUUCAUCAAAACCAAGUUUCCAUCCAUUUGCUGUCUUAUCUUUAGCUGUUCCUCAAGGUCCAUAUAUUACAUUACAAGAAAUGAUGAAGAAAAAUGAAGUUGAAACUAUAAAUGGUUAUAAUUGUUUAAGAUGUAAAAUUUCUGCAAUUUUAAAAGUUGAAAGAGAAAAUCAAACAAAUCAUGAUCCUUCAUUAGUUUCAAGAUUAAUUAAAAAGGAAAACAAAAUAAGUAUAAAUGAUGACCUGCCCGAAGAAUUGAGUAAAUUUAUUUCAAAUUAUUCAUAUAAUGGAUUUGUUACUGAAAAAUUACAAUCAACAAUUGUUAAAAAGACACUUGUUGUUAGAGCACCAAAAUUGUUAACUGUUCAUUUAUCAAGAUCAAUGUUUACAGGAACUCAAGUUACAAGAAAUGGUUGUAGAGUUGGAUUUGAAGAUGUUUUAGCUGUUAAUGUUGAUGAAGUUUUAAAUAAAGCUUAUCAUAAAAAGCAAAAAAUAGCAAAAAAAUUGAAAAAACAACCAUCAGUAAUAAAUGAAACCGUCAUCAAAAAAGUUGAACAAGAUGAUGAUGACGAUGAUGAAGAUGAUGAUGAUGAAAAUGACGCAGAUGAUGAUGAUGAUGGAGAAGAUGAAGAAGAUGAAGAUAUUGAUGGUUAUGAUGAAGAUCGUAAUGAACCUCAACAAUUGGCAAGAAUUCAUUCAAAAGUUUUAACUCAACAUGAAGAAUCUGUUUCAGAAACUGGUGAAUCUGAAAAUACAACCACUACUACAACAAAUCAAGAUCAAUUUUCUCAAAAUUCUCAAACUCAAUCUGAUAAUACUUCACCAGAUACUGAUGAACAUCCAAAUUCUGAUGAUGAAAAUAAUCAAGAUGUUGCAGAUGAUGAUAGUGAUAGUGAUAUUGAAGAUCAUGAAUUAAAUGCCUCAAAAGAAACUGUUAAAUUUAGAUUAAGAGCUAUGAUUAGACAUACAGGUACACAUAACGCUGGUCAUUAUGAAUGUUAUCGUCAUAAACCUGCAUUUGUUAAAGAUAUGCAAACAGAUUCUAUUGUAAAUGCAUCACCAUUGAUCAAUUUUGGUGAAGAUAUUCCAACAUCUGAACAAACUCCAGAAGUUGUCGUUGCACCAAAUGAAGAACCUUUAGAAGUUCCAACGAGUCCUGCUACAAAUGGUGCUUCGCUCAAUGGUAAUUCACCAAAUGGUGGGAACACUGGUGGUAUUUCAAGAAGAAGAUCAACAAGAUUAAGAAGAUUAAGUGAAAUUCCACCAACUACAAGUCUUUCACCAAAUGGUAAUGCUAAUGGUCAAGGUGGGGACGUUUCAAGAUCAUCAAUCACUGAUAAUGAAGAUGCUACAACAACAGAUAAUGAAGAUGGUUCACAUUUCAGUCGUUUUAGAUCUAAAUUGGGAAGUUUUGUAUCUAGAUCACGUCGUCCAUCUAUAAGUAUGUCAUCAACUUCAAAUGUUGGAUCUCGUCGUGGUUCAGUUGCAAAUAUUGCACAACCAAUGUCACAAACUAAUUCAAUUUCAAAUACAAGUGCACCAUUAUCAGAAUUACAAGAAGGUUUCCAAGAAUUACAAUUAAGUUCUGAAGCUAAUAGUAGGAAACAUAAUAAAAGAUUUAAAAAAAUUUCUACUGUUGCUAAGUUCCCAUUUUGGAGAAUUUCUGAUACAAGAGUUCAAGAAGUUAAGAAAUUUGAUGUUUUAAAAGAAACUCAAGCUGUUUAUAUGAUUUAUUAUGAAAGAGUUUAA